UCUCUCCCAUGCUUGGCCAUAAACUUGAGACUAGUAGACCCGGCAUUUGAUCAGCAUACGCUCACCGCCAAGCGCCAAUUUAACCAUACACAGAUUUCCUUUAUUUCUCUUAACUCGUGUACAUUAUCCCACCCUCCUCCACAGGGUGAAACCGUAUGCCUCUAUCGUCUGGCGUCUGGCCAGAAGUCCUUGCUGCAAACACACACUACGCCCAAAAGUGACCGUCUCUCCGAAACGCCGACCAAUUUCUCUACGGCACAGAUGACCUACAACGCAGACACGAGAGACGAGAUCUCAGAUUAUCGCAUUCUUGAGGUGGAACCAGAAUUUAUUGGGAGUGUCCGGGGAAGCCUGAAGAGCGAGGAGGAGCUGAAGAGUGGAGACGAAGAGACAGAGGGGAUUGGCGAAUCUGGUGUCAUACCAACCUCUGUAUGGCCAAAUGAAUUGCUCUCCGUUAAAGAGAAAAGAUUUAUCUUCCUUAUUAAAGUGAGCUCUCGAGAUUCAAUAAAUCCGUUAUAG